UGUUGUACGUUUAUUCAAAUCGUUUUGGUGUGGUUUUGCACGUUACUCCGUAGAAAAAUCUUUAUUUGAAAAAUGUAUGCUGUACUCUUUGUUUUUGUGCUUGUGACAGUACAUGCUGCAGAGGAAAUACCCUCCUAUAUUCACGUGUGUGGUCGCAAUGAUCCUAAUUAUAGUCAGUGCAUCGUGGACAACAUCAAUAAUGUAAAUAAUAAAAUUUGCCAGACUGGAUUGCCGGAACUUAACGUUGAUCCGGUCGAGUCAAUAAAAGCUGACGAAAUAAUUAUUUAUAACACAAACAAUCUUAAAUUAAGUCUCAAAGAUUCAAAAAUAAAAGGAUUUUGCGAUUUUGAAGUACAUUCUUUACAAGUAUCUCCUGAUAAGCUUCGCUUCGACUUUGGGUUUAUAGUUAAACACCUUGAUAUGGAUUCCGUGUAUGACUUUGACAUACGUGUAUUGAUACCACUUGCUAAUAAGGGACUAGCUCAUAUUUCUACAGAUGACGUAGAAGGGAAAAUAAUUGUAGACUGGAAAGAGGAAACCAAGAACGGUAAAACGGAAAUAUACGCAGCAAAUGUAAAAACUCGUUUGAUGAUUAAAUCGUUCAAAUAUAAAUUUGAUGACAGCGAGAAAGAUUUGGUUCAAUUACAUGAAGCUAUUAGUAAUGUUAUAAACGAAAGCGAAAAGGAUGUUAUCAGUAAAGUUACGCCGGCAUUGGAAGAGACGGUGUCCAAAUUGGUCAUUUCAGUUGUUAACAACGUAACUCUCCAUAGAUUUGAGCAAUUGUUUCCUAACGAAGCAUAAUGUGAGAUUCAUUGUUGCAGAAAAAUAGUUACUAUAUGAAUCUGUAAUACGUCCGUUUCAAAAAAAUAAUGAAAAUAUAUUGUAAUAUACUUCUAUUAUUAAUAAUAUUUAAAAAAUUA